AUGUACCGGUCAAUGGCCCUAUGUUGCGCCUUAAGGCGAAUGAUUUUGCCCAGAAGCUUGGACACUGAUUUUAAAUGCAGUAGUGGCUGGCUCGAUCGUUUCAAGUCGAGGUAUGGUUUAGUUUUCAGAGCUCAGCCUGUAGAAGCAGCUGCUACAUCUACAGUGGGUGCUCCAACUCUUUGGUACCAAAAUGUGUUUCUUUAUUAUGUAAAUUAUUAUCAGCCAAAAAAUGUGUUUUACAUACAGGAGACUGGGUUGUUUUAUCAGAUGUUACCACAUAACACGUUUGCAUUUAAAGGGGAAACUUGUCCUGUAGGUAAACAAAGCAAAGGGAGCAUCACUGUAGUGGUGGGUACAAAUAUGGAUGGCUCUGAGAAACUCCCACUGCUCAUUAUAGGAAGAAGCAAAAGUCCACGCUCUUUCAAAGAUGUGAAAUCGCUGCCAGUGGAUUAUGAAGCAAAUGAUAGGGUGUGCAUGACUUCAGGACUCUUUGAACAGUGGAUGCAUAAACUCGAUAACAGAUUUCAAGGACAGCAGUGCCAAGUGGUUAUUGUUGUUGAUUCUCUUCCAGCUCACACAGAAGUCAAGAACCUGAAGUCUGUCAAAUUAGUGUUCUUUCCUCCAGACUCUUCUUCAUAUAUAGCUAUGAAAGAAAGGACUAUCAUAAGUCUGAAGGUUAAAUACAAGCACUGUCUUAUCAAGAGAUUUGUUGACUGUGUUGAAAGUAAUAAAGAGUUUAUGCUGAUCCUUCUUGAUGAAAUUGAGAUGCUGUACCUGUGCUGGAGGGAAGUAACACCAGAGACUAUUGUAAAAAGUUACAAUGGAGCAACUUUCAAAUUAGAAACUGAGACAAAUGAUAAUCACAAUGAGGUUGAAAGUGAUUUUGAUUUGAUUGCACAUGCACGGACAUCUGCAGUAGAGUUCCCAGAAGGUUUGUCUUUGGAAGAAUAUGCAGCUCUAGGUGAUGGCUUGAUAACUUAUGAAGUGCCCACAAAUAAUGAAAGGAUGUGUGCCAAAGAAAGUGCAUCAGAUAAAACUGAGACAUUUGUUGGUGAUGAAGAUAAGGAUGGUGAUCGACUUCAGGGAGCUAAACAGCUUUUACCAUCCAAAAAUGAGGCUUUGAAUGCUUUAGAUACCCUUUGAAAGUUUCUCAGAAGUCCAGACACAGAUGAUUCUCUUUACGAUUCCCUAGCUGACUUGGAGAAUUUUAUUCAACAUGUAACAUGUGAAUAAAUAUUUUAGCAAAGUGGGAAAGUAUGUAAUUGGAAAAAAAUAAAUUUUAUAAUCAAAGGUAGGCAGUUUAAUAACAA